UAAUCAAUGUUGGAGUACCUCAAUAGUCGGCAAUAUGCUUUCGAAGGAGGAUGAUUAUAUUGACAACGAGUAUUAUAUUUACAAUCGUCGAUUUUUUCGUCUAAUUGGAUUAUGGCAUCGUCAGACCUCAUCUAAGAAUAUUAUUUAUAUUUGUUUCAUUAAUAUCAUACUACUAUUAGGAUCAUUCGAACAGGUUUAUUAUCUCUUCACGUCUGUAAGAAAAUUAAUGAUUAUCGCCAAAUUACUGGAAACGACUUUGCCUACAUUAUGCUUCGGAUUUUGCUAUUGCAAUUUAGUGUUGAAUGAUAGAAUUAUGAAGAAAAUUCUUUAUCGUAUCAAGUCCGAUUGGGAUGAACUAGCAAAUAAACCAGAAAUAAUGAUACUGAAGAAAUAUGCCGAUAUUAGUAGACUUUGUACAAUAAUAAUCGCAAUCUGCUUUUAUCUUUAUAUUGUACUUUUGAUAUUUCCAUCAUUGCUUAAUCUAUUUCGAUACAUUUUUGGUACUAUAAGUGAAACGGAAUUAAUAUUACCAAUUCGUGCUGAUUAUUUUAGAAAAAAUCAAAUGCUUUACUUCUUUACCCUUACAAUUGAAUAUAUAAUUAUAUUAAUCGGGUGCACGGCAGGUAUUGCUAAUUAUUCUAUGUUUAUAGCAGUUGUAUUGCAUGCUUGUGCACUUUUCUCCAUCAUCCAAUACAGGGUAGAAGAAAGAUUUAAAAAAAGACCAUCUAAUUCUUAUUAUACAAAUGUUAGAAGUGAAUUAUUAAAGGAAAAUGAGAAUGAAUGGAUUGUCAAUCUCAUAGAAUUCUAUAAAAGAGCGACCGAAUUUGUCGCUUUAUUAAAAUCUUUUUACGAAGCUGUUCAAAUAAUCGCAGCAUUAUUGUCAUUUACAUUUAUCCUUGUAGAUUAUUUUUACUUAUUUCAGGUAUUUUCUUUUAACCUUAACAAGAUGGAAGGAAUUGCAAAACUUCUCUACGUUAUUUGUUCUCUGUUUGUAAUAUACAUUUAUACUUACGUCGCUCAAAAUUUAAUGGAUCACAAUGCUAACGUAUAUCUAAUAUUUUGCCAAUUUCCGUUUUAUUCGUUAUCAUUGAGAAAUCAAAAAUUGUUACUCUUCUUGACAAUGUAUAGCAUGAGGCUUUGCGGUAUAUCCCUGAUGGGCGCAAUUUUUAUAUCCCAUGAAUUAUUCGCAACGGUCAUUAGUAAGUCAUUUUCUUUCGCUAUGGUAUUGUAUAAUAUGCAAUGAAUUUAAUAAUAACAUAUAUGAUAUAAUUGAUGAUCAUAAUGUAUUGCAAUCAUACGAAUACA